UUUAAUUGCUGAUCCGUGCUUCGUACAAGAAGGAUGUUUAUAUUUUGUAAACUGUAAUUAUUCUUUAUUUGCAUAAUGUAAUUACUAGUGAUAAAAAUUUAACAUUUUAAAAAAUAAUUUAUAACUGAAUAUUGAUAUAUAAUAACAUAAUAUAAUAUAUAAUAGCAACAACAACAUCAAUAAAGAAAAUGCAGUACAAGAACCUAUAUGCUCUGAAAAUAUCAACGAAACAUUUUAAUUUUUGUAUUUUAAAAUAUACAAAAUCAUACAAAAAUCACAUAAGAAAUUUACAAGAUGCAGCUAAAAAUAAGGUUAAUAAAAAAUAUACAGAAACUAUUAUAUUACCACAAACUGACUUUCAAGUACGACUUAAUGGGAAAAAACGCAUUGAUAUGGAUAAGUAUUUACUAGAAAAAUGUAGAUUCUUGGAUUUGUAUUGUUGGCAAAGAAAAAAUUUGGUAGGCCCAGAUUUUGUCUUGCAUGAUGGGCCACCAUAUGCCAAUGGAAAUCCUCACAUGGGACAUGCUGUCAAUAAGAUUCUAAAGGACAUUACGUUGCGAAAUAAAGUUAUGAGAGGUCGGCGUGUACAUUAUGUACCAGGUUGGGAUUGUCAUGGUUUACCGAUUGAACUUAAAGCAAUUAAAAACUUUAAUACCGAAAACCAAAAAAUGAAUGUCUUAGAAAUUCGACAUAAAGCAUCUACGUUUGCUAAAAGUACUAUUGUGAAACAAAGAGAAGUUUUCUCUUCCUGGGGUGUAAUGGCCGAUUGGAAGGAAACUGGAUGCUAUUUUACAAAUCAAACUUCGUACAUCAAAAAUCAAUUACAGCAAUUUAUGAAUUUAUACGAAAAAAGGCUCAUUUUUAGAGAUUUUAAGCCAGUGUAUUGGUCUCCUUCCUCCGAAACGGCUUUGGCAGAAGCGGAAUUAGUAUAUAACGAACAACAUAAAAGUAAAUGUGUCAUUAUUCGUUUACAAAUGUGCGAUGUACCAUUGAAGUUAAAAACAUUUACCAAUAACACCGUAUAUGCGCUUGCAUGGACAACUACACCCUGGACUCUAGUAGCUAAUCAAGCUUUAGCAUUUUCUAUUAAUUCUGAAUAUUGCUUAACUGAGGACGCUUGUGGGAAUUUUUACAUUAUUGCCGAACCAUUGGUGAAAGAUAUUGAGUCAAAAAUUGGUCCUUUGAAGUCAAUAGUAACCAUUAAUGGAAGGGAAUUAAGUGGUGCCAAAUACUUACAUCCGAUCACUAAAGAAAGUCUACCCUUUUUGCCAGGAGAACACGUUACAAUGAAUCUCGGUACUGGAUUAGUACAUACAGCUCCUGCACAUGGUCCAGAAGAUUUUCUUAUUGCGCUUGAACAUAACAUACCAGUCCUAUCUGUGGUAGACCACAAUGGUCGAUAUACGGAAGCAGCGGGUCCUGAAUUUGCAGGCUUGAAAGUUUUAUGCGAAGGCACUGAAAAGGUCCUACAACACCUAAACAAGGAUAUUUUAUUUGUUGAGUCUAUUAAACACAGUUAUCCGUAUGAUUGGAGAACUAAGGAACCAGUUAUAAUUCGAGCAAGUCAUCAAUGGUUCAUUGAUAUUAAUACCAUUAAAACAAAAGCUCUCGAAACUUUAGAUACCAUACAGCUAUUUCCAAAAAAUAAUCAAUCGUCCUUUCUUAGCGGCUUGUUUGCACAAAUUACGAAGCGACCGUUUUGGUGCAUUUCACGGCAACGAUCUUGGGGAACACCUAUACCCGUUUUGUACUUAAAAAAUACGGGAGAAGUAUUUACAAAUAGAGAAUGGGUAAAUAGAAUAUGUGAUCUGAUAGAAAAAAAUGGCGUGGAUUGUUGGUGGAAAUUUUCGAUAGAAGAAUUGGUAGGAGAAGAAAUUCUUAAAAAAUUUAAUCUCGACGAAAACAAUCUAAGAAAGGGUGAUGAUAUUAUGGAUAUUUGGUUCGACAGUGGCAUUUCAUGGUCUGCGAUUUUACCAGAAAAAAAGGCAGAUUUAUAUAUGGAAGGACAAGAUCAACUUACAGGCUGGUUUCAAUCAUCUUUGUUAACUUCUGUCGCACUUCAAGGCUCUUCUCCGUACAAUGCAUUAUUUGUACAUGGAUUUGUGGUAGAUGAGAAUGCUUCUAAAAUGUCCAAGUCAGAAGGUAAUGUUAUACAUCCAGACGAUAUUACAAAGGGUGGUAAUAAUUUUGGAAAAUAUGUAUAUGGAGUUGAUACACUUAGAUGGUGGGUCGGCAGUCACGGUUGUCAACACAUUCAAAUACGUGUUACGCAAGAAAUAUUACAAGAGAGUAAAGAAUCUAUAGAAAAACUUAGAUUAAUAUUACGCUUUUUAUUGGGUGUUCUGCAUUCCAAUACGGAAUUCAAUUUAGUAAUAGAUCCAAAGUUUCUGCAUCUUGACCAGAACAUGCUACAUCGCUUGUAUCAUUACAAUAGACAAAUUCAGGACUUUUAUGACAGUUAUGAAUAUCAUAACGUAUGCAAACUAGUAAAAAAUUUUAUGGCGAACGAUGUAUCAUCGAUAUAUUGUCAUUUAAAUAAAGAUAGGCUUUAUUGCGAUGCGAUAACGUCGCCGUAUCGUGCUGCUACUAUAAAAGUAAUAGAUGCAAUACUCACUGUCGUUUUGAGAAGUAUUGCUCCAAUUAUACCCCACUUGGCAGAAGAAGUUUGGUUGCAUCGUACCAAAAAUACUGAUACCGAAUACAUACCACUGCAUUAUACCAAAUACAUCGUACCAGAAACUUGGAAUCAACCAGAAACUGUUGAAUGUAUAGAAGCUGCAUUGUGUUUAAGAAGUAAAGUUAACAAACUUGCUACUCGAAAUACAUGGGAAUUAGCAGCUACAAUAAUGAGUACUAAACGAGAUUAUGAAUUACUAUCAAUUCUUCAAAAAGAAAAGCAAUCUUCUUUGUCCGAAUUAUGUGAUAUUCUACAAGUUUCAAAAGUAACUCUCAUGAAGGAUGAUGGGCUUAAUGAAACGCAGGUGCAUUUAAAUCAUAUAGAAAAGCAACUGUGUAAACGUUGUCGAAGACAUCCUGAAAUGUACGGAGCUGAAAUAUGUGAACGUUGUACUAAUAUACUCGACAGAAAUAUUUCGGCAACAGCAUUUACUUAAAUAAUCUUAUUCUCUUACAAGGUACAAUAGUUUAGUAACAAGAAAUGUAUUUAUAGACAUCUUAAUAAAAAUGAAGUAAAUAAGUUAUUGACCGUAACAGGCGCUACUUACGAUGAUGUUACUUUGUAAAAAAAAAUAUUUAUGUAUAUACAUAAGUGAAUAAUAUAUUAUAGAGAAGAGGAAAAAGUGAGAUAUAUUUAUGUACUAUAUGUAAUUUACUUAAUUGAUAGAAAUGUACGAAGUGCGACUAUUAUUUUUUCCAAACGUUACCUAAAGAUCGCAAUAAUUGUGUUUAUUGGAUUGAAAUUAGUUCUUUACAAUAUAAACCUAAGAUGAUUUCUCUGUUAAAUCAUACAUAUGAUUUAUAUUUAAAGUAUUAAGAAAAUGUAUUAAGUGUGGCUGAUAUCCGCUGGUAGUUAAUUUAUGAGCUAUACGAGAUAGAUAUAUCCGUAAUUCACAGAAAACCUCAUACAUUUGUUCUAAUUUUUUAAAAUUAGGGUGGACAUGACCUUCUGAAUUAGAAAUCCAGCUUUGAGAUCUCAAUCGAUUAUGAAACUUCAAUAUAACUUUAAAAAUAUUGCCCAAGCAUGUUCGCAUUUUUUCACCACGAGUAUUAAGUAUACACCUGAAAUUAGUUUAUAAAGAUUUGUAUUUACAAAUAUGUACGUUUGUGCGUUUAUAUGAGCGCGCGCGAACAAUGCACAAUAUGUAUUUGAUAUCGUAGCACAUUAAUGAAAAAAGUUAAAAAAUUUACCUCGAUAAUAUUCUUUUAAUAUAAUUUACAUGUGAAAAUCGAAUCUGAUCUAGAGUCAAAGAAUUACACAAAUCUUUCUCAAAUUCAAUCCAACUUGCAUGUAAUACACUGCAAGUUAUAUAAUUAUGAAGUGCACUGAUAAAUUGUGUCAUUGAAUGCCUGUACAGUUGAAGCUACAAAAUCAGAAAGUACAAUUAAGAAGAAACAGAAAAGAAGUACGUGUAUAUAUAUAUAUAUAUUUUUUUAAUAAUUUUAAAAGCCCCAUUUUAUAAGAAACACAAUUUAUUAAAACAGUAAGAAAUACCUUAUGAUAUUGUUCUGACAUGGCCGCUUCAUGCUCAACUUUCAUCAUACGAAAAUCCUCCUGUAAUACCCAGAGUACUCUACCGAUCAUCAACAAAAAUUUAAAUACCUUGCUAUAUUGUAACAUAACUGCGUCAUCUAAGAUGAUAUUUAAAGGCCAUGAAAUUUUGUAACUAAGGCACAAACAAUCCAAGGCAUGGGGAUCAGAUAUCUGCAAUAAUAAGCGUAAAAGCUACAUUUAAUGACGUAUAUUAAAAAGAAAAGAAAAGAA